AUGAGCGCCCGGAAGCAGUCCCAGCCCCUGCAGCCCGCCCCCGUGGCCACGGUGGUGGCCGCCAGCCCCACCGUGAAGGCCAUCGCGGGGUCCCUGGGCGGCAUCAUGGAGGCGGUCCUGCUCCAGCCCAUCGACGUGAUCAAGACCCGGCUGCAGCUGGACAGCCGCGGGCGGUACUCUGGCAUCUUCCACUGCGGCCGGACCAUCGCGGCAGAGGAGGGCGUGCGCAGCCUGUGGAAGGGCCUCACCCCCUUCGUCGGCCAGCUCACGCUCAAGUACGCGCUGCGCAUGGGGUCCAACGCCUUCUUCCUGGAGAUGCUGCGCGACAAGGAGGGCCGGCUGACCAACACCUCGCGCCUGCUGGCGGGGCUGGGCGCGGGCGUCUCCGAGGCCAUGCUCAUCGUCACGCCCUUCGAGGUGGUCAAGACCCGGCUGCAGCAGCAGCGCGGCACCGACAAGGCCCUACUCAAGUACAAGGGCCCAGUGCACACCGCCAUGCUGGUGGCGCGGGAGGAGGGCCCCAUGAAGCUCUGGGCCGGUGCGACGGCCACCACGAUCCGCCAGGGCUCCAACCAGAUGUCCAUGUUCUGGGGCAAGUCGGUGGCGGACGGGCUGAUCUGGGGCAAGCGCGACGGUGAUGGCAAGGUGUUGACUCCCGUGCAGUCGGCGGCCUCGGGCUUCCUGGCCGCCUGCAUCGGCCCCGUGCUGAACAACCCCAUGGACGUGGUGAAGACGCGGAUGCAGGCCGCCACGCGAUCGGGCGCGGGCUACGCCGGCUUCGCCGACUGCCUGCUGACCGUGGGGCGGACGGAGGGCAUCGGCGCGCUCUGGAAGGGGCUCACGCCGCGCCUGGCGCGCACGCCUCCCGGCCAGGCCAUCGUCUGGGCGGUCAGCGACCAGAUCACGGGCUACUUUGAGAAGCAGCGCCUGGCGCAGGCGUAG